CCUUCGUGUAAUAAACACCAGCAAUGAACCGUCUAAGUUUCGCCAUUAUUUUAUUUUUUCUAUCUCAACUAGCUAACGGCCAAAACUGGGCAUCGUCGAGCUGUCAGGGGUAUGGUUGCGCAACACAGCAAGGAGGUUGCGUCCCGUUUAAAUUUUGGCAGCAUCAAUGCAGCAGGGUGUGUCAUUACAACACGUGUUCAGCAGCCUCAUCACCCCGGAGAGUCUGCUAUAAAUUGAUCCAUCUGGCUACAGGAAAAUGUUUGGUGUCGAGGAACGUUUAUGAUGUGUACAGAUCACAGAAGUACGCAACCGUAGCAGUGAACGGACCGUUUAAGUCCUCGUGGAAUCUCGAGCCAGGCUAUCAAGGUGGAACCUAUUAUAUACGGAACAGUCAGACCCUGGAGUUUUUGCGAGUUGGUCCCAACAAUCGAAUUUAUUUGGUGCGUGAUCAACUGUUGGAUGUAACUUUCCAGUUCCGUCCAGUGCACAGAGGUGUGGCUUGGUCUCAAUUUCAACUGCAGGCCGUGUGCAACAAUGGGUAUCUGUACGUUGGCGGACAAACCGGUGGAGAAGGUUUGGUGCAAAUUACCUUUGAGCCUAACAGGAACUAUUACAAUACACUGUGGGGAGUUACAUCGUUUUAUUGUUGAUCAUUGAAUCUAUAUUGGAUGAAUAAAAUUGACUACGUAUGCAUCUCGAAGU